CAUAUAAUAUCAGUGAGAAAGAUUAAACUCAAACGUUUCUGGCGCAUUCGAAAAGUAUUGUAAAGAGACAGUUCCGCAUUUAUAGUUGAUAAAAUCGAAAUUUAAACUGAUUUGUCCGGCUGUCGAUGAUGGGUCAAAAUUCUCUUAUCGCAUUCGUUCUUUUCGUGUGUUAUUUUAAUGGGAUAAACAGUGAACAAAAUGACGUAAAAAUUAUUAAAAAUUGUACUUUGGACGAUUUACGUAAUAUUAAUGACGAUUUUAAAUCGGUUAAUUCACAUCUUUUAAAUUUUGCAUUUUUUGAUUGUAAUCUUCCCGCCUUACCGGAUGCCAUCUUUUUCAAUGUUCUAAAUAUAAAAUCAAUUGAAUUUGUGCGCACAAAAAUUUCAACAAUAAGUACGUUUGCAUUCAAUGGUUUGGAUAAUUUGGAAACGUUAACCAUUGGUGGAAAUGCAAAUUUAACAUUAUUACAACAAUGGACAACAAGUAAUUUAGAUAAACUAAAUCAACUGAAUCUUUAUCAAAAUGGCAUACGUCACUUAGAUAAAAUCGCAUUACGACGCUAUCCAAUGUUAGCACAUUUGAUUUUAAUGGAAAAUGCAAUUGGCGAAAUUCCGGAGGGUUUUUUCGAUUUUUCAUUGAACAUCGAAACAUUAAAUUUGGCAAAAAAUCAAAUUAAAAAAAUCGAAUAUUCAACAUUUAAAGUAUUAUUACGAUUGAUCGAUUUGGAUUUAAGUUAUAAUCAAAUCAAUUUCAUUGAUUCGUACGCAUUUACAACGACCACACAUUUGAAGACAUUGAAAUUGAAUGGCAACCAAUUGACGACAAUCCAUUCGAAAUUUUUCUACAAUUUAGCUGGAUUGGAAUAUUUGAAUUUAAGUGAAAACGCAUUGAACGACUAUACUGGACUGGACGAAGAUGCUUUUCAACAAAAUUCGAAAUUAUUGCAUUUGGAUGUUAGCCAUAACUCGAUGAUUUCCAUUAAAACUCAUUCAUUGAAUGGCCUAAAAGCUCUUGAGAUUUUGAAUGCAAGUCACAAUCAAAUCGCAUCCAUACCAUCAACAGCUUUGAAAGAUCUCACCAAUUUGAAACAUUUAGAUGUAUCGCACAAUAAAUUGACACUUUUGCUCGACAAUCAAUUUGCAUCGCUGACGUCAAUUGAAUCGAUAAAUUUAUCGUACAAUGAAAUUAGUUCAAUUCAACAAUUUACAUUUACCGAUUUAAAAACAUUGCAAACACUAAAUCUAUCAUCAAAUCAAUUGCAAAUGUAUGAAUUUCUCGAACAGGCUGCCGAAAUUAAAACAAUCGAUCUACAAAAUAAUCAAUAUCACGAAAUAAAUUUAACGGCAUUCCGAACAUUUGAAACGGUGCAUUUGAAUAAUAAUCAUUGGAAUUGUUCGUGGCUUUUAAUGGCAUUGUCAAAACGUGAUCAUUUAGUUUCGAACAUUGAAUUUGGAUUUGAAUUUGAUGACUUUGGACUCGAGAAUUCGAGGAAACUAACACAAGACGUUCAGUGUUAUGAUUAUCGUCAACUUGACAAACCAACCAUUCAACGAAUCAUCAUUAUUAAUUCCGACUGUGAUGCGACCAGAAAUGAAAAAAAGAAAAAAUCCACUAUAAACACUUAUCCGAGAACGUUUAGUAAACUUUUGAAUGAAGAAUUUGACUAUAAAGCUUGUCUUUUAUGGACAGUGGUGGCUGUGUUCCUUGUCAUCGGAUUGGUUCGCGUCGGUAAAUACUGUCUUGAACGAUCGGAGAAGAAAAGUGAACGAUAUCGAAUUGUUCAACAAGAAAAAGUACUGAAAGACAUCGAUGAAUAUUUUGCCAAAAAUAGUAAACGCAAACAACGUUCCUAAACCAAUUUUCGUUUUAAGCCAGUUUUCCAAAUGAUGUACCACUUUUAACGAAUAAAAUAGUUUGAAAAAAAUUAACAUCAA